AGCGCUUAGCCAAUACUUUGUAUCCGUCAGCGCCGCGAUGCGGAAGGUCGCAUCCUUGCUCGAACUAGCUGAGUGAUCCUUGAUUGUAGAAGUGUCCUUGACAGAAGGACUAGCCUUCCAGGAUUCGAUCCUGACGAACGGUUUUGAUAGUUGAAAGGUUUUUGCCUCCUGAGUGAGUCAUAAGCACAAAAGCAACGUGUUUUAAACAUUUGGUGUUUUAUUCUAAAUAACUUGGACAUAUUCGUAACAUUUUGUCGCGCUGUAACCGAACGGUAGAUCCUGUUCCUGAUCACCCCAAAAGGAAAUCGUGAUUAUUCGAAGAAGUUGGGUGACGCGCGGGGACGUGAAUAACCACCGCAAAAGAAAGGUCAGGAAAAUUAAGGCCCCUUUGCGUGGCAGUUUAACAAAUUGAAUAACCGUACACACGCGAGAGGAGCAGCCCCGCUGCGGUGAACUUCAGGACUGCAUUCGAAUUGUGGCAUUCCGCAAGGAAGCAUUCCGAAUAUUAAGGGAAAAAAAAGUGUGCUAACAAGUGUCGGGGCGGUUGGAGUGUACCUUCAAAUUGGAGUGUUUCCAAAAAUAGCUUCUGGUGAAAAAACAAAACAAAGAGGGAGAAAGGUGUUUCCGAGGAUCUGCUUGCGCAUUAAUUUCGGUGGAAAAUUAUCGGUGCGGACGCUGAACGGUGUGAAGUGAAACGACGACGACUACGGUGAGAAAACGCUUGGAGCAGUGUGAAGAAUUCGGUGGAGAAUUAUAAGCAUCAAAAUUGGAGUAUCAAGAAACCCUUCAACCACAACGGGCGGAGAUCGGAUCAGCUUUUGACACACCGGCCUACGUCCUCCGGACCAGUAGAGGAACCGAUUAGCAAACCAGCAGCCAGAAGGCCUUGCCCGCUGCAAAAUUAUGGCUAACCCACAGACUCUGUGGGCGUUAGUCCUUCUCGGUACUUGGGCGCUCCUGCCGACGACUAUUGAAGGUUCCAAUGCCAAAUUCCAGUGCCAAGAAGAAGGAUUCGUAGCCGAUCCGGAAGACUGCGCUGCAUUUUAUCGAUGCGUACAGGAAGGAGACAAACUGAUGCCAUACAAAUUCCGCUGCGGGCCUGGAUCCGUGUAUUCUGAAAUCGAAAAUACCUGCGUCCAUCCGAGCGACUCCGGACGUCCAGAAUGCGGAGGCGAAAACAACGAACUCGAUGGCCCCAUGACCGGAGAAUCAUCCAAUGUGAAUGAGAACGCUGUAGACAAUGGAAGUCCCGCUCCGUCGCAGGAUCAACAACAGCCGCAACCCGAAUCGCAGCAACCAGCUUCUCAGCAAACUGAAUCACAACAGGCUUCGCAACCAUCUGAAUCGCAGCAACCAGCCGAACCAGAACAGGGAUCGAACUCUGGCAACGACAACGACUCUGGCAGCAACAACUCUGACAACUCCGGAGCGCCCUCCGAAGAACGUCCAGCAACGACGGGAGAUAAUGCACAGUGCACCGACGAUGGCUUCAUCGGAGAUCCGGACGACUGCCAGAUGUUCUACCGUUGCGUUUCGAACGGCCAAGGCGGUUUCACCAAGUAUCCCUUCCGCUGCGGUGACGGAACGGUCUGGGACGAGCGAAUCAAUUCGUGCAACCACGCGGAUGCCGUCGAAGGGUGCCGCCAAAAACCGGCCAACGAUUACACCGAGAGUCACAACCAAUCGAGUGCUUCCCAGGAGCAGAGCAUGAGCUCGAUGAGCAGCUCGCAGAACUCCAACGGGGUGCAGACUAAUUCCACUUCUUCUUCCAGCAGCAACAACAACAACAUGAGCAACUAUCAGAACAUGACGACCGUAACCGACGACGGUCAGUCGUCGUCGUCUUCUUCUUCUUCGUCUUCUAGCAGUUCGAGUAGUUCCAACAGUUCAAGUAGUUCGUCUAGCAGUUCGAGUGGAAAUCAGGGUUCAAGCAGCAGUGGCAACAAUCAAGGUCAGAACCAAUGGUCGAAUCAACAACAAUCCUCUAAUAAUCAAUGGAACAAUAAUAAUAAUCAAAAUAAUCAAUGGAGCAAUCAAAACGGGCAGAACAAUCAGUGGAGCAAUAGCAAUCAGAAUAAUCAAAACAAUCAAUGGAGUAAUAGCAAUCAGAAUAAUCAAAACAAUCAGAACAACCAAUGGAAUAAUAAUAAUCAAAACAAUCAAUGGAAUAACCAAAACAGUCAGAACAAUCAGAACAGUCAAUGGAAUCAAAAUAAUCAAAACAAUCAGAAUAAUCAGUGGAACAACAACAACCAAAACAAUCAGAAUAAUAACAAUCAAUGGAACAACAACAAUCAGAAUAACCAAUGGAAUAACCAGGGCAGUCAAAAUGGACAAAACAACCAAUGGAGCAGCAGCAAUCAAAACAGUCAGAGCAGCCAAAAUAAUCAAUGGAGUAGCAGCAAUCAGAAUAAUCAGAACAGUCAAAAUAAUCAGUGGAAUAACAAUAACAACAACAACAACAAUCAAAACCAGUGGAACAAUAAUAAUAAUCAGAAUAAUCAAUGGAACAAUAAUAACAACCAAAACAAUCAAUGGAACAACAACAAUCAGGGUAGUCAAAACAGUCAAAAUAAUCAAUGGAGUAGCAAUAAUCAGAAUAGUCAAAGCAGUCAGAACAAUCAAUGGAAUAAUAAUAACAAUCAGAAUAAUCAAAAUCAAUGGAACAACAACAACAACAACAAUCAAAAUAACCAAUGGAACCAAAACAAUCAAAAUCAGAACAACAAUCAAAAUAAUCAAUGGAAUCAGAACAAUCAAAAUCAGAACAAUCAAUGGAAUAAUAACAAUCAAAAUAAUCAGAAUCAGAACAACCAAUGGAGCAAUAACAAUCAGAAUAACCAAAACAAUCAAUGGAAUCAAAACAACCAGAACCAGAACGGGCAGAGCAACAAUCAAAGUAAUCAGUCCAGUAGUAGUAGUAGCAGCAGCAGCAGCAGCAGUAGUAGUAGCAGCAGCAGCCAGAGCAGUCAAAGUAAUCAGAACAAUCAGUCGGGCAGUAGCAGUCAAAACAAUCAGAAUAACCACAAUCAGAAUAAUCAGUCAGGCAGUAAUCAGAGCAGUAACAGUCAAAACAAUCAGAAUAAUCAAUCGAGCAGCAACAAUCAGAGCAAUCAAUCAAGCAGUGGUGGUCAAAGCAAUCAGAAUAAUCAGUCGGGCAGUAAUCAGAGCAGCCAGUCGAGUGGUAGCAAUCAAUCAAGCAGCAACAGCCAAGGCAACCAAUCGAGCAGUAGUGGUCAAAGCAAUCAGAAUAAUCAGUCGAGCAGUAGUCAAAGCAAUCAAAAUAAUCAGUCAGGCAGCAACCAGAGUAGUAACAGCCAAAACAAUCAGAAUAAUCAAUCCGGCAGCAACAAUCAGAAUAAUCAGUCGAGCAGUAGUCAAAACAAUCAGUCCAGCAGCAAUAGCCAAGGUAACCAAUCGAGCAGUAGUGGUCAAAGCAAUCAGAAUAAUCAGUCGGGCAGUAAUCAGAGCAGCCAGUCGAGUGGUAGCAAUCAAUCAAGCAGCAACAGCCAAGGCAACCAAUCGAGCAGUAGCAAUCAAAGCAAUCAGAAUAAUCAGUCAGGCAGUAACCAGAGCAGUAACAGUCAAAACAAUCAGAAUAAUCAAUCGAGCAGCAACAAUCAGAGCAAUCAGACGAGCAGUGGUAGUCAAAGUAGUCAGAAUAAUCAGUCGGGCAGUAAUCAGAGCAGCCAGUCGAGUGGUAGCAAUCAGUCCAGCAGCAAUAGCCAAGGUAACCAAUCGAGCAGUAGUGGUCAAAGCAAUCAGAAUAAUCAGUCGAGCAGUAGUCAAAGCAAUCAGAAUAAUCAAUCGGGCAGUAGUCAGAGCAGUCAGUCGAGUGGUAGCAAUCAAUCAAGCAGCAACAGCCAAGGCAACCAAUCGAGCAGUAGCAAUCAAAGCAAUCAGAAUAAUCAGUCAGGCAGCAACAAUCAGAAUAAUCAAUCGAGCAGUAGCGGUCAAAGCAAUCAGAAUAACCAGUCGAGUAGUAGCCAAAGCAAUCAAAACAAUCAGUCAAGUAAUAACAAUCAGAGUAAUCAGUCAAACAACCAGUCGAGCAGUAGCAAUCAAUCCAGCAGCAACAACGAAGAUAAUCAAUCGAACAGCAGCACUCAAAACAAUCAGAAUAAUCAGUCGAACAAUAACCAGAGCAGUCAGUCGAGCAGUAAUCAGACUAAUGAAUCGAAUAACAAUCAAAGCAAUCAAUCGAGUAGCAGCCAGAGUAAUCAGUCAGGUGCCAACAAUCAGAAUACUCAAUCAAACAGUGGCCAGAGCAGUCAAUCGACUAACAGCAAUCAAAAUAAUCAGUCUGGCAGUAGCCAGAAUAAUCAGUCGAGUAACAAUCAGGGAAAUCAGUCGAGCAGUAGCAAUGAAAGUAAUCAGAGCAAUCAGUCGAGUAGCAACAAUCAGAAUAAUCAGAGCAAUCAAUCGAGCAGUAGCAAUGGAAGUAACGAGAGUAAUCAAUCGAGCAACAAUCAAAAUGGCCAAACAUCUGAGAACAAUCAAAACGGCUCUCAACAACAAGGUAGUCAGUCCGGUAGCAAUAAUCAAUCUAAUAAUAGCAAUGAAAGCUCCAAUAAUGGUCAAAACAAUGCCCAAUCGUCAAAUAAUAACAAUCAACAAUCUAAUAACAACAAUGAGCAAACAAACAAUCAAGAGUCAACACUUACGCAAGCCACAACAACACAAACAAUUGAAGAAUUCACAUCAACACAAGCACCAACUACACAAACACCACCUGAGGAAACAACAUCCUCACAAAACCCAACAACACAAACAAUUUCAUCUGAAGUAACAACAACAGAAGCUUCAGCAACACAAACAUCAACCACGCAAGCUACACAAGACACUACAACACAAACAUCUUCAUCAUCCGAAACACAAACUACUCAAGAACCUGCUACACAAGUUUCCACAACACCUGCACCAUCCACACAAACACCAAGCACAGAAACACAAACCACACAAGCACCCACAACGCAAUCAUUACCAUCCGAAACUACAACCACGCAAGCUCCGUCCAAUGAAGCUUCUUCUACACAAGCUCCGCCCACUGGAGAAGCAUCCACACAAGCACCCACAACAGAAAUACAAACAACACAAGCACCUACAACACAAACAUUACCAUCCGAAGCAUCAACAACACAAACUCUUCCUACUGAAGAUUCUUCAACGCAAGCUCCGCUAACCGGAGUAGCAUCUACACAAGCACCAUCAUCACAAACAACACAAGCACCCACAACAGAAACAAUAACAACCGAAGCUCCACUCACACAAACUGAGUCCACUGAAGCUUCAUCUACAAAAGUGCCUUCUACAGAUGCUCCUUCAACGGAAGCCUCUGCAACAGAUGCUCCAACAACACAAGACACUAUCACAACAGAAACACAAACCACACAAGCACCAUCAGCCGAAGCUUCAACACCUUCCCCGCAGGAAACAACCACCGCAUCUACACAACCCAUCACAACCACACAAUCCACCGUGGUCACACAAGCUGUCAUUACUACCACCGGAACCUCGACUGAAUCCUCCACUGUAUCUCCCACAGCUACAGCAGGUCAGGAGACAACCGACGACAGCACCAAUCCGGAUCUCAACGAAGUCCAGACCACAUCAUCCACGACGGCUGCCACAACCACCACCACCACUACUACCGCCAGCACAACUACCACGACGGCGUCGUCGUCGUCGUCAUCUUCGGGCAGCUCCCCUGCCUGCACCGGCGAUGGCUUCAUGGGUGAUCCAAAUGACUGCCAGAAGUUCUACCGCUGCGUCGACAAUGGAAACGGCGGCUACACCAAGUACGACUUCAAGUGCAGCGACAACACGGUUUGGGAUGACAGCAUCCAGAACUGCAACCACGCGUGGGCUGUGGAAAACUCCAGAUGUGGUUCGGGAAGUGGGGCAUCACAGGGCACGAGUAAUAGUAAUCAAGGUUCUAGUGGGUCGAACAAUAAUAAUCAAGGUCAAAGCGGUUCCAACAAUAAUAAUCAAGGUCAAAGCGGUUCCAACAAUAAUAAUCAAGGUCAAAGCGGUUCCAACAACAAUAAUCAAGGUCAAAGUGGUUCAAACAACAAUAAUCAAGGUCAAAGUGGUUCAAACAACAAUAAUCAAGGUCCUAAUGGUCCCAACAAUAACAGCCAGGGUCCAAAUGGCCCCAACAACAACAGUCAAGGUCCGAAUGGGCCAAACAACAAUAAUCAAGGACCAAAUGGUCCUAACGGCCCUGAUGGUUCAAACGGUCCUAACGGCCCUGGUGGCCCUGACGGACCCAAUGGCCCUGAUGGUCCCAAUAAUAACAACCAAGGCCCGGAUGGCCCCAACAAUAACAGCCAAGGUCCCAAUGGUCCCAACAACAAUAGUCAAGGCCCCGAUGGUCCAAACAACAAUAACCAAGGGCCAAAUGGUCCCAAUGGUCCUGAUGGCUCCAACGGUCCCAAUGGUCCUGACGGUCCUAAUGGUCCCAAUGGCCCUGAUGGUCCCAAUGGUCCCAAUGGUCCUGACGGUCCUAACGGUCCUGAUGGUCCCAAUGGUCCUGACGGUCCUGGUGGUCCAAGUGGCCCUGAUGGCCCCAAUAACAACAACCAAGGUCCAGAUGGCUCCAACAACAAUAACCAAGGUCCGGACGGUUCGAACAAUAACAAUCAAGGUCCCAAUGGUCCUAAUGGAAGCGGAGAAGGCCCUAAUGGUCCCGAUGGACCCAACGGUCCAGAUGGUCCUAACGGUCCAAAUGGUCCUAAUGGACCUGACGGUCCCAAUGGCAAUGGACAAGGACCAGACAAUUCCGGACAAGGAAACAAUGGAUCAAAUGGUCAAGGACAAGGAACAGAUAGUUCGAAUAACAACAAUCAAGGUUCGAAUAACUCCAACCAAACGCAGUCCACUUAUCCACCCUGUCAACAAACCACAACGACUAGUGCUCCAGCCGUACCCGCCGGAUCGAAUGGAGUCUGUGAACGAGAAGGCUUUAUGGAACACGAAUCCAACUGUAAGAAAUUCUAUCGCUGCGUCGAUAACGGAAAUGGUGGUUACACUCGGUACGAGUUCAACUGCGGAAGCGGCACUGUUUGGGACAAUGAAAUUCUGGCGUGUAAUCAUCCGCAAUCGGUGAACACCAAGUGUGGAACCGGUAACGGAGGCCGUCCCGAGGGUGGAAGUCCAUCCGGACCGGGCAACACUUAUCUACCGCCGGAUCAAUCCAGCACCACUGAAGCGAUGUCCUCGUCCUCGGAAACUGCCACCGAAGGCCAAACAACCGCGAGUGCAGUCGAUAGCACUAGUGAAGCUCAGGUGACUGAAGGAGCAACAUCAAGCUCAGAAGCAACAACCAGUGCUAGUCAAGAAACUACGGCCGCACCUGCUCAGGAAACUACCGAAGCUGCGAAAGAAGAAACUACUGCAGCAGGACAAGACUCCACUACUGCCGCUCCAGCUGAGCAAACUACAGCCUCGACCAGUCAAGAAACAACCUCGUCUUCCAGCCAGGAAACUACAUCGAGCACGAACCAAGAAUCCACAACAGGACAACCAUCAGAAAGUACAACGCAAUCAGGCGAGACUUCAACUACAGAAACCUCCGAGCAAACUACUGAAACUCAACCCGCCACCACCUUAUCCCCUGAAGGAUGCGAGUCCGAAGGAUUCAUGCCGCAUGACAGCGAUUGCAGAAAGUUCUAUCGAUGCGUCGAUAACGGAAAGGGCGGUUACCAAAAAUACGAGUUCAAUUGCGCAGAUGGAACAGCCUGGGAUCAGAGCAUCCAAGCCUGUGAUUACGAUUACAAAGUUCCUAACUGUGGAGCGGAUCGCCCACCAGAGCCAUCUCCAGAACCUGACUCGCAGAGCACUCAGUCACCUCCUGGAUCGGAAAACCAAAUGACAACCACAUCAUCUGCGGCUGAAAGCACCACUCAAGCUCAGGAAUCCACAACUUCCGCAGCAGCGCAGGAAACUACUACCGCUGCGCCAGCACAAGAGACAACAUCCGCUGCUCAGGAAACAACCACUCAAUCGCAAACGGAAACCACUCAAGGAGCUACUACAGCUGCCGCUCAGGAAACAACUACUUCAGCAGCUCAGGAAACCACUACCACUGCUGCUCAGGAGACGACAACCACUGCCGCUCAGGAAACAACUACUUCUGCAGCUCAUGAAACCACUACCACUGCUGCUCAGGAGACGACAACCACUGCCGCCCAGGAAACAACUACUGCAGCGGCACAGGAAACAACGACUUCUGCUGCGCAAGAAACUACAACUGCUGCGCAGGAACAAACUACAACUGCUGCUCAGGAACAAACUACAACUGCUGCGCAGGAACAAACCACAACAGCUGCACAAGAGCAAACCACGACAGCUGCCAGUCAAACCACAACAGGUGGAUCAGCGGAAAGCACCACCGCAGCCGAAGAAAAACAGGAAACAACUACUCAAGCAGGUGAGAGUACUACAUCCGCUCAGGAAACGACAACCAGUCCAUCGUCCAGCGGAGAAUGCACUUCAGAAGGAUUCAUGGGUGAUCCUAAUGAUUGCAAGAAGUUCUACCGAUGCGUAGACAACGGAAAGGGUGGCUACACCAAACACGACUUUACCUGCGGCGAUGGAACUGCUUGGGAUCAGGAUCUUCAAACGUGCAACCACGAAAAUGUUGUUGAAAUGUGCGGCGGUCAAUCAACAGGUAACAACAAUCAAGCAUCCUCCACUACCACAACUUCUACUACUACCACAACAGAAACAUCCUCAUCAACUAACUCUACUACUUCAGCACCCUCAUCUACUACCUCCUCCAGCACUACUCCCACUAACACUCCCUCUUCCACAAGCACGACUUCCUCUUCCCCUAGCAUGACAACCUCCUCCUCCUCGUCCAGCAUGUCAACUUCAUCUACCGCCGCUACGUCUAACGCUUCCACCACAAGCAUGCCAUCAUCAACCGCAUCUCCUACCCCGGUGAACUGCACCGAGGCAGGCUUUUUCCCGAAUCCUGACGAUUGUACCAAGUUCUAUCGGUGCGUCGACUGGGACGGAAUGGGUCAAAACUUUUCCGUCUUCCAUUUCGACUGCCCGGAGGGUACAAUUUGGGAUCCCGCUGUAAAUACGUGCAACCAUGAGGACAGUGUCUCGCCUCCGAGAGAUUGCUCCCCUAAGACAACAACGUCAUCUGGAUCGCCUGCCACCACAGAAUCCAUGUCAAUGACAAGCACAGAACCUACAACCUCCUCUGUUACAGGCGAGCCAAGUGCUACCACAACGAAUGCUCCAGACUCGGAAACAACCACCGCAGGACAGGAAACAACAACACAAGCAAGUAGUGAAGCUACCACGACGUCUGGACAAGAAACUACGACACAGCCGGAGCAAGAAACCACUACGCAGGGAUCUCAGAUGACUACCACGGGUGAGCAAAUGACAACUCAAGAGUCGACUGAAGCUACGACUCAACAAGCUGCCGAAUCAACCACCCAGUCUAGCGCUGAAACGACGACCCAAGCUGCUGCUGAAACAACCACCCAAGCUGCUGCUGAGACAACGCAAGCAGCGCAAGAAACCACCACCCAAGCUGCCGCGGAGACAACUCAAGCAGCGCAGGAAACCACAACGCAAGCCACCGCCGAGACAACAGAAGCAGCACAAGAAACGACCACUCAAGCUGCCGCAGAGACUACUCAAGCAGCACAAGAAACUACUACGCAAGCCCCCGCCGAGACAACGGAAGCAGCACAAGAAACCACCACUCAAUCUGCCGCAGAAACAACUCAAGCAGCUCAAGAAACCACCACUCAAUCUGCCGCCGAAACAACCCAAGCUCAAUCAACGGAAGCAGCGGAGGAAACCACCACGCAAGCAGCAACCGAACCGGCUCAAGAAACAACAGAAGGAACCACUCAAUCGAGUCAGGAAACCUCUACCGAAUCCCAAACCGAAUCGGCUACUGAUUCCGCUGCAACGGAAGGCACCCAGAAGCCACCAUCGUCCGGUCCAGGAGACUGCCCGCCAGUCAACGAAGGCCAAGGCCUCUUCGUCUGUCCAACUGGAUUCCGUAGACAUCCUCAGGACUGCAACAUGUUCUACCAGUGUACGCAAAAACCGAACAGCAUGGACUACAGCAUAGUAACGUUCAGCUGCCCGAAUUCAACCGUCUACCAAGAGGAAGGAACUCAGUGCAACGAACCGGCCGAAGGCGAUGAACAAUGUCAGGCGCCUAGCAUGCGAUUCCUACGCAGUGCCAUGGGCCCACAAGUUCAAGUCAUGCAGCUGCGAUCAACGAAACCACUCUGCCCGUCAGAGGGUCACUUCGCACUGGAUGACCAGAAGUGCAGCUCGACGUUCGUGCGGUGUAUGACCGGCGAGGGUCGAAGCGAAGGCAGCUUCCAACCGAGCAUGUACCGCUGUCCGAAGGGUUACAUCUACUGGAGUGUGAGCCGACGCUGCGAACGGGUGGCGAAGGUUCCCGAGUGUAAGAACGCCCGAAUGCAGGAACGGUCCGAACUGCCGGUCGAGUGGAUCAACCUCGGCAAUCGACGUAGAAGUUUGUUCUGAGCUGCGCAGCACGUCCCAGGAACGAACGAUUAGUCAAACGACCUUCCAGACGACAACGAGACGAGACAUGCACCUCUAGUGUGAUAAGCUAGCGUUAGGGAACUUAGAUGUAGUUUUACGAUAGUCUGUUACUAGACAGCGCUGCCACCAACAGGACUGAUACGUAGUAACGACAUUCCGUGGAUCAAUAGCUCAGUUAUCAAGGGAACUACAAAAAUUCCGCACAAGACACGAACUUAGUACAAGUUGAAGAGAAACACAAGUGACAAGUACGACAUCGAUCUAGUUCUAGUCCGAAAGAUGUCAUAAGUUUAGGUUAACGCCACUCGAAAGCCAUAUUUACAAGAUCCCAGACAACAUUGAAGCAAUGAAAACAAGUCAGUCUAGCAGUCUAGAUAUUUAUUGUGAGUGUAAAUAUCCGCUUGUGGAAGCACAGCAGUAGAAAGUAAGUUUCUAGGAUUCAAAUUCAAAAACUCAACGUCAGAACCACAUUAUUCGCAUCCAGUUCGUGUGGCAAAUAAACGCGACCCUGAAUCGGACAGACCGUCCGGUAACCACAAGCAACGGUGCGCCGAAGAUAUUCGCGGCGGCCAAAAUCUUUUCUUGCAAACGAGCCUCUCUUGCUCCGGAUGACGUCGAGCAGAAGAGAGUUGGUUAUAAUCAUUGUUUACGAGAAAGGUGCCGUUUGCACAUGAACUAUUUUCGAAUGUUGUGUUCGUUUCGAAAACAGGUCCGAUAGUUUGUAAGAUUGUAUGACAAUAACGUAAAAUAAAUGUAAUUUAUUGUAUAAA